ACACGUAACGGAUAAAAGAAGGGAUAUAAGUGUUCCGCAGCCAACAGCAAUAAUGCAAGUCUGAUGUUGUGACUCAAAAGGGAGUUUAAUUUGCAUUGAUUGCAUGAAUUUUUACUUUUGACCAAGCUUGUGAUCUGGUUAUAUGGCUGUAUUCGUUCAUCGGUGAACCUUGGCAGAGCCGUUCGUCAAUGCUAUUUCUUUCGGUACGUCCCCGAAUCACUUUGCUGCCCACUUGUCACCGAAAACAGUUCUAAACCAAAAACAUGGCUGAUGACACUGAGUACUUGAAGUUGCCUGUGGAAGACCGUUGUCAGCAUAAGUUAUGGAAAGCUCGCCUUAGUGGGUAUGAAGAUGCUGCCAAACUUUUUGGAUCUAUCACAGACCCCAAGGGUCCAGAGUUUCAGAAGUUUCUGCCUCUCAUCAAGAACUUCGUCACUGACAGCAAUGCAGUAUCCCAGGAAAAGGGCCUGGCAGCUGUCCUGUCGUUCGUUGAAAAUGCCCAACUGGCCAAUCGCAUCUGUGGUGAUGUCCUCGCCGGGCUCAUCGCCAAAUGCAUUGCCGCUCCGAAGCAGAAGACACGAGAACUGGCACAGGAGAUAAUCUACAUGUACGUCGAAAUCGAAAAGCAGGAGGUAGUUGUAGAGGAACUGGUUAAGGCACUGGACAACAAGAAUCCAAAGAUAGUGUCGGGAUGCGUGGCAACGUUGCGAGAGUGCUUGCGUCUCUUCGGUGCCCGCGUUAUAGCAGUGAAGCCGCUCUUCAAGGCACUUCCAAAACUUCUGGAGGACAGGGAUAAAACGGUGCGUGACGAGAGCAAGCUGCUGACAGUCGAACUCUACCGAUGGAUUGGAGAUGCCCUGAAGCCACUGCUGCAGUCGCUGAAGCCCGUUCAGGUGUCAGAACUCGAGGCCGAGUUUGCCAAGGUGGAGAAGGGCACUGCAUUGCCCGAGCGUUACAUCCGGUCGGAGCAGGCACGAAGAGCUCAGGCAGCUGAGGCUGGUACUGAUGGUGUGGAUGGUGUUGAAGAGGGCGAUGAGUGUGGUGUUGACGGUGGAGCUACGGUUGAUGGAUAUGACCUGUUGGAAGCUGUUGACAUCCUCUCCAAGCUUCCCAAGGACUUUUACGAACAGUGCGAGGCCAAGAAGUGGCAAGAGAGAAAAGAGGCACUUGAAAAACUUCUCGAGCUCACCAGCAAUCCUAAGCUUGAACCUGGUGACUACGGUGAUCUCGUCAAGGCGUUGAAGAGGAUAGUGGCCAAGGAUAGCAACGUCAUCGUGGUGGCACUUGCGGCCAAGUGCUUGGCAGGGCUGGCAGCCGGUCUGAGGCAAAAGUUUCACCCAUAUGCAAAUUCGUGCAUCUCAACAUACAUAGAAAAGUUCAAGGAGAAGAAACAGAAUGUGGUGACUGCUCUGAGAGAAGCACUGGACAAUGCAUUCCAGGCCACAAAUUUGGAAGCCAUCUUGGAGGAUGUCACAGGAGCUCUGGAGAACAAGAAUCCUCAGAUAAAGGCAGAGACGACCCUGUUCUUGGCACGUGUCUUCUCCAAGUCCACACCAGCUGUGUUGAACAAGAAGCUGCUGAAAGCAUUGGUGACGUCUUUGCUCAAAACUCUGAAUGACUCUGACCCAGCAGUGAGGGAAGGCGCAAGCAUGGCUUUGGGGACAGCAAUGAAAGUGGUGGGGGAACGAGUGUUGACGCCUUUUCUUGGUGACCUGGACAAUCUCAAAAUGGAGAAGGUCAAAGAGUGCUGCGAGAAAGCAGAGGUGGUUGCGGCACCACCUCAAAAGGCCCCCCGCAAGCCUGCUGCAGCUGCUUCCCCAGUCAAGCGUAGCGCAGAGCCGAAGCCGGAAGCGCCCGUGCAAAGGAAGGCCACAACUGCCAUGGCCAAGCCUCGUGGUGGUGCCCGUGUUGUGAGACCAGGUGCUGCUUCUUCCACUGCACCGACGUCUGCACCUGCAAGAGCCAUGCAAAGGGCCAAAGCAUCUGGACCUGCAAAAGCACAGUCAGGCAGCAGUGCUUCUUCCAAGCCUGUGUUCACUGAAAUGGCUCUGGCAGACGAAGAGGUCCAAGGCCGAGCUGCAGCCUUGCUUCCUGAGGAAAGCCUGGUGGCUUUGGGGAGCGCAAACUGGAAGGACCGCUUGGCUGCUGUUGAGAAGAUCAAAGAGGUUGUUGAGGCCAUGGAAGGAAACCUGCCUGUUCAAGUCAUAGCAAAGACUCUGUGUCGUAAACCUGGACUUCGAGACACAAACUUCCAGGUGCUGAAGCUCAAACUGGAAACGCUAGUAGUGGUGCUGGGUGGUGGACCUGUGUCCCUGUGUGUGGCUGACUGCUUGCUGCCAGACUUGGUGGACAAGGUCGGGGACAUCAAGAACGGCCAGGGUGCCGCAUCUGCCCUGACAGCCCUGGCGGAGGCCACCUCCCUAGACCAUGUCGGCCAGGAGGCUCUUCAGCUUUGUUUUGCCCAGAAGAACCCGAAGAACCAGAGUGAGAGCCUUAUGUGGCUGGCUAAUGCUAUCAAAGAGUUUGGACUCAAGGUUCCAGUGAAACCAGUCAUUGAAAAUAUUAAGAAAGGGCUUGCUGCAUCGAAUCCUGCGGUGAGGACUGCAUCCAUCACUUUGGCUGGUGUACUGUACCUCUACAUGGGCAAGACAUUGAGGACCUUGUUUGAGGGAGAGAAGGCCACCCUCGUGCAACAGCUUGAUGCAGAACUUGCAAAGAUGGAAGGUCAGAAGCCCCCUGCGCCCAUUCGGGGAGUGCCAACUUCCUCCGUCAAUGAUGGUGGAGGUGAUUCUGCAGAGUCUGCACAGGAGGGGCAAGAAGCUGCUCUUGACAUGGAGGACUUGGUUCCUCGUACUGAUAUCAGUGGCCAAUUGACUGAGUCUCUACUAUCGGAGCUGUCGGACAAGAACUGGAAGGUUCGCCAGGAGGCUCUCCAGAAGCUGGCGGCCAUCGUGGACCAGGCCAAGUUUAUUUGCCCGGAGCUGGGUGACCUGCCGACAUCGUUGCGAGCACGACUACUCGACUCUAACAAGAAUUUGGCUAUCCAGGCCCUGAACAUAUGCCAGUGCCUGGGUGCAGCCCUAGGCCCCCACUGUGGACCCUAUGUUCGUACUCUUGCACCUGGCAUGUUUGUUGCGCUGGGUGACAGCAAGAACAUGGUUCGUGUGGCUGCACUUUCCUGCCUCAACGAGUGGUCUUCACAUGCCAGCCUGGGGACCUUCUUUGAAAACGAGAUGCUCAAGGACGCGCUUAAGGCAGAAAACCCCCUGCUUCGAUCCGAGUUGUUUGGCUGGCUAGCAGAGCGGCUGGGUGCGUGCGACGCCAAGGGAGUGCCCGGUGCAGAGCUUGCAUCGUGCCUGCCCCAGCUUUACCAGUGCCUGGAAGACCGUAGUGGGGAGGUCCGUAAGAAGGCUCAGGACCUGCUUCUUCCGUGCAUGCUUCACCUUGGCUACGAGUCUAUGGCACGGGCCACGUCCAAGCUCAAGGCUUCCUCCAAAACACUAGUCAUGGCUCAACUAGACAAGGUCCGGCCGCAGCUUCCGGCGAAGGUUCCGCCCCAGGGCAAGGCCACCAUUCUGAGGGGAGGGAGCUCCCAUGCGGCGGCUGCGCCGCCACCGAUGGCUGCCCAAGCACAGCCGACCAAUCAUCCUGAGGCGGUCACACCUGAGGAGGAACAGGGUGCUGUUGGGGGAAGUGCCGGCGGCCGCCUGCACAAGAGCAGCUCGAGGAGCAAGAAGCACUCCUAUCUUGGAUCAACCGUAAGCACAUCAACAAAGCAGCACUCAUGCCUUGGAUCAGGGAUGCCUGUGAAGCCCGGGAGCUCUGGCAAGUCAUCUCGGAAGGAGGAAGAGGUGGACAUGAGUCCCCUGCUGUCUGUGAACAAUUUGAAAGAACAGCGAAUCGCUUUCGAAAGGGCCCUCAAGCUGCUCAAGUGGAACUUCAGCACUCCUCGUGAGGAGUUCUACCAGCAGCUGAAAGAGCAGAUGGUGGUGGCCAACUGGGCCCCUUCACUGGUGGCCAAUUGCUUCAGUGCUGAUUUCAAGAUGCACAUCAGAGCCAUUGACAUGCUCCUCGAGUUUCUGAGCAGCUCCGGUGGUGUGGAAGCCACCAGUGCCAAUGUGGACCUUGUGCUCAAGUGGCUCACUCUUCGCUUCUUUGACACCAACCCAAGUGUUCUGCUGCGAGCUCUGGAGUACCUGCAGGCGCUGUUUCCAGCGCUGUACGACGCAGGCUAUAAGAUGCACGACCUCGAGGCAUCUUCCUUCCUGCCGUACCUGAUCCUCAAGGCUGGGGAUCCUAAGGACACGGUGCGCAAAGGGGUGCAUGAUAUCUUCCGACGCAUCUACAAGGUCUUCCCAGGUGUCAAGGUGUUCAACUACCUCAUGCAGGGUCUGUCAUCCAAGAACGCACGCCAACGUGCAGAGUGCUUGGAGGAACUGGGCUUCCUUUUCGAAGUUCUCGGCCUUCCCAUCUCUGAGCCCACACCCCCAGUGCUUCUCAAGGAAGUGGCUAGGCACAUAUCGGACAGGGACAAUGCCGUGAGGAAUGCAGCGCUUAAUUGCGUCGUACAGGCCUACUUCCGCGAGGAGGAGAGGGUCUUCAAGUACAUUGGCCAGCUUUCGGACAAGGACAAGUCUCUACUGGAAGAACGCAUCAAGCGGGCAUCACGCACGCGCCGCAUGACUGUGCUGCCACCUGAGGAAUCCCCGCCCGUCAAGAACCCAACACCGCCACGUCCGCAGUCGGCUGUGUUUGCAUCUGCCACCAUGAUGGAGCCAGAGCCCGAGCCAGAGGAAGUAGUGCACAGACGUCCCAAGAGUGGCACUCCGUCAGGGGCACGUCCGCGGUCGCUUGGCGUAACUCUCAGCUCGGACUUGGAACGCAUGCUGGAGCAAGCGGCCUUGGCACCAUCCAAAGUUGCGGGCCUUCAGGAGGUGGAUGCUGAUGCCAUCUUGGCUGAGCCAUCCAUCCAGCUGCCGCCCCGCAGAUGUCUUGAGAAAAGUGCCAGCCCUCCAAGCCAUGCUCGCAGGCUGCCCCUUGACACAGACUCCUUCGGCAACCUCAUUUCGCGGUUGACGUCGCAGGAAAUUCCAGUUGUGCUUGAAGGCCUGACCCAGCUGGACACGGUGCUUGCCACCGAUGGCAGUCCUGCACUGCUGGGAGGUGCCGACCAACUGGUGAACAUGAUGUCCCUGCAGUACCGGCUGCUGCACACCAAGCAUAUAACCGACGACUGCGUUGCCAAGGCAGACGUCAUCGAGCUGUACAGCCGGAUGGCAGCUGUACUCCUCAAGGUGUUUGAUGGCCGCACGUUGGGGCGGCGUGUGAGCACUGGCGUUCUCAAGGAGCUGCUACCUCAACUGCUGAUGGUUCUGCUGGACAAGCGCAUCACAGAGUUCCGCCAUGGGCCUCACCUGCAGCGGACAGUCAACAUCCUUGCUCUCCACAUCAUUCGUAAUGGGAACCCCACCUGUGUUCUGAGUGCGCUGAUAACGCACCUGCAUGACUGCUUGGGCAGCAUGAGCACCCAGGCGUCCGAGAAGUACAUUGACUUGGUUGUCAAGUGCUUGUGGAAGAUGAUGUCCUCGCUCGAGAACAUCGUGGACGAGCUGAGCCUGGAUUUGGUCCUGUUGGACCUGCAUCUGUUUCUGAAGGCCUACCGUGGUUCCUUCUGGGAGGGCCGGCCUUCAGACACGCCAUUGCGCACAGUGCGCACCAUCAUCUACAAGCUGGUCGGGCUCAAAGGUCACAAGCUGCUGACAUAUGCAGAAAUGGUGCCAGGCCAAGAGGAGUCUUCCCUUGUGAAUACCAUUACCAAGAUGCUGAAGAUGCACGCUCGGAAAAGUGCGGAGAUCUCUGCCAACAGGGCUUUUUCCGACGACUCUCAGAACAAGAGCAACGAUGAAUCUGACCAGAAGAGUGUUCACCAGCAGUUCAAGAAUGUGAUGCAGAAGUUGAGCAAUGAAGACGACUUUGACGAGAACAUUCAGGUACUGCACCGGCUGUGUAAGAAGAACCCAGGCAUCAAUGUGGACCAGCUUUACCGCAGCCUUGCACCCCACAUCCGCGAGCUAGUGCGAACACGGCUAAACGAACUUGAAAGGCAACCUCCAGGCUCCAAUGUAGCGCACGUUCUUCCUCUGCGCAUGAAUGAUACCAAUCGCCACAGCUACUCUAGUAGUCCUCGGAAAGGAGACUUGUCGAAGCUGCCCAAAGACUACAUGCACUGGAAUCGAAAACAGUGGGCAACUCGCCUUAAUGCAGUCUUGGAUCAGCUGAAUGUCAAGGGGCACUUUAGUAACGAUGACUAUCCCUCGUCAGAAGACAUUCCCGACAUAUUCAGUGAACCCCUGCAUGUUCAUGAGGCAAGGUAUCAGCAAAUCGUGCAGCAGUCGGAGGACUUGACGAAAACAGCGCAGCAGAUCAUCGCCGACUUCAGGAAUCGUGGUAGAAGUCCGGAGGAGUCUCACUGCUGAGCAGCAGGGCAGUUUAGGUGCUUGUUUAGCAGACAGCGAGCUAUUCGCCCGCACCACGCAUUUUACGAAUAACGUAUUCAUCCUGUGUAAAUAAAUGUGGAAAUUAACGUAGUAGCACCCCUUAGGCUUCAUGAUGUGCUUUUAGUUUAUCUGCUUUUAAAUGCGCUUUUAUUGACACGAAUAAAUUAUUCAACCAAAAA